CCUUUCACAUUCCAGCAUCAUGCGACUGCUAGUGGCGGCCAUUUUGUUCGUGUCGGCCAUCUUGUGGAGCGACGGCCUCGAGCUAAGCCCGCGCCCGCGGCGCCCGGAGCGCUUCGACACGGCUGAACAGAUCUCCAACUAUCUGAAGGAGCUGCAGGAAUACUACUCUGUGCACGGCCGGGGCCGUUACGGCAAAAGACAGAUGCACAUAUCGGACGCGUCGGUAAUAUUCAAGGAGUUCCCUUUUUUCGACCACAGCCUCCAGAAUCUGAACGAAGAUACAGUAUUUAAGGCCCUCGCGUACCAGUAAAAUGAUGACUGCAUUAGAACUUGGCAAUAUUGCCGGAAAUAUUGCCGAAACGUUAGCAAUAUAUAUUGCUUGUAUAUGUUUUUCAUGGACUUAAACAAGUGAGCAUAUAGCAUAGAUUCUUGCGAAACAUUAAUAUGAUGACUUUAAUUUCUGUUGGUAGUAUUCCCGAUGAGCUUUUUUGGAAAGGAAAAUAUAGUUUGUAUAAUACUCCUUUAAAAAAAUUCAGUGUUUAAGCUAACUAUAGCGAGUGUCUUUUAAACGCCAUAAAAAAUACAUUAAUGACGACAAUGUCAAACUUUGUCAUUGCAAAUGCCAUGUAAAGUUAGCUUGGUCCGGGUCUAUAUAAACCAAAGAGAAUUGAUUGUAUUGUAUCUAUAUAUAUUAAAUUAAUUUUCAAACAAAAAUAUAAAAAUAGAAAUAAUACUAAAUUUAAUUAACUAAAAAUAUCUACCUAUGUACACAUAUUUACAGGUAAAAAUGGGAGCUAGCUCGGCGCCGUAUGGUAUCUUGUAUUGUAUCUCAAUCAAUGUAUCUUUGAUAUCAACGAAGAUAUUACGAAUACCCGCAAAUGUUUAACUGCUGGAGAUAAUAUGUAGCAUAUAUUAGUAAUGUGAUCUGUUUUUUUAAACCUUUGAAUGAGAUUUUAGUUUAGUAUAAUUUUCUUUACACUAACAAGAUUUUUGGUAUAUAUGUCAAAUGAUUAGUAUAUAAAUUUCUAGAAUGAUCUCCCCGGGAAUAUUGCUAGCAAUAUUAAAUACCUACCUUAAAUAUUGCAGAGGCUUUAAAAUUAUACAUGGUAAAUACAAUUUAUUUUAUUUGUUUGUUAUAUGACUGAUUAAAAAAAUAAAUAAAAUAAACAUUUAAAACGACGAGCUCUUACUGCUGCAAUAAUUAAAGGCAUAAAAGAGCAAUAUGUAUUUGUUAAUUACCUACCUUUAAACUUCCUUUUUGGGAAAUCUAAUGAUGUACCUAUAAUAAAAUUAAUUUAUUUUAGCAUUUGACUAAAACGCCGUGUAUUGUGCACCAUAACCAACCAAAAAGACAAUGAGGGCUACCGUGUUUAAUUUCGCUAGCGGCUAGUGUAGAUGGUCUUUCAAAAUGUCAAAUGCAUAGAAGUUUUGGGGGUUUCAAACUUUUUAUCGAGGAAUUUCACUCCUCAUUCAUAAUUGUGGUAAAUAUUUGUCCAUCUCUGAUUAAUCAUGGUAAACAAUAGACAUAGCUCAAUUAAAGUGGUUUAAAAAAAGCGCCAACUAAAAUAUAUGCAAAAUUAAACAGGUUGAAAAAAUGGCACGUUUAGACGUUAAAAUACCUUUGUGUAUAUUAGAACGUAUUGAUUUUAUAAAGAUAAGCAUAGAAUAAUUUUUAGAUCUGUUUUUCUGGACCUACAUCUACAGUGGCGCCAACUGGUGAGCACAAAAACGGUAGCCCUCAUUAGGUCAACUUUGCUCCGGGUUGGAUGGAUAAUUCUUACGCUCCACAAAAGAUACAUUUGUUAUUGCAAUUAUCAUAAAAUGUUUGUUGAUUUUUAUAAUCAUUUUAAAACAAAAACGUAAAAAGCAAAGUGAUUUUGGCGUUUUAAAGAAAAUUAACACUUGUAAUAUUUACUUUAUUUUAAUAAUUUUCUGUAACUAUACAUAUAUAUCGAUUAUUUAUUUAUUAUAGUCAAUUAUUGCUACCUGUCUAGUCAAUUAUUAUUUUAAUAAUUCUGAUAAUUAAUCCCUAAACAUAAUUUACAGGCUGGGUGAUAAAUUAUUUUCAGGGAUUCAAUAAUUCUAAUAAAAAGUAGUGUAAAAUAUGAACAGUUAUGGGUAAUUAGCUGUAAUUGUAUUCCAAAAUGCAAAAGUUUCAAAGUUA